CAGUCUUCACAUCCAUUCUCAUCGUAGUACGACAAUAAUCCAUUCUCCAUUUCUCAUUGCAACGAUUUGGUGAAGCAGGAAGCAGAGAAGCACCAAAGCUGCAGGAUUAAUUGAUUAAGGUCUGAAACAGGGAAUCACUGAAGUUACGAAACAUGAUUAAUGUCCGUUCCAUUCUCAUUAGGUAAGGAAGCACCGAAACAAGAUUAAGAGUUCUGAACCCCUAAUUCUUCCUGAUGCUCAUACUGGUUAUUACGAGGAUACUUGGGGGAGAUUAGGACAUGUUUACCAAAAUUUAGAGGUUAACAACACAUUAAAUUGUAGCAUGAGUAUCAAGAGACUCUAAUUGUGUAAUUCUUGCUGGACAAUAGGCAAGAAUUUGUGUUUCGGAUUUGAUUAACAAUGGAGGCAACAGUGAAAAAGUUUCAGCAGAAAUUCAAGAGGGUGAAAGAUGACAUGGAUAGAUGGGAGAACCUCCAUGCUCAAUUAGUAUCACAGUUCAGAAAUGCUUCUUCCAUCAUUGGAAGAUUACAGUUGCUCGAAAAUCCCAAAAACUAUGGUUCCCUAAAAAACCUUGAUAACAUUAAAAAUACCAUCUUCACAAAACAGUUGGAAUCCCUGCAGAAGAUCAUGCUUUCAAUGACUAAAACUCUGGAGGAAUUAAAUGGUGUUGUUUUGUCACUUGCAAAAACUGUUGGUGAUGCUAAACAACAAGUGAAAGGUGGUUCUGUUCAGCUUUCAAUGAAACAAUUACAUCACAGAAUUGGUGUAAAACCAAGUAUUGCAGAUUGCUUAGAAGGGCUUCGGAUCCUUCAUCAGAUGUAUCAAUCAGAGUAUGUGCUUAAAUCAUCCGUGACAUCAGCGCUUGCUAGCCUUGCCUUGAACCCAAGUGUUGGUGAUUUACAAAGUCUCGAGCGACUCUUGGUAGAUCAACCGAAUAUCCCGAAAGAAGAAGUGCAAUCCAUAUAUGACAUCAUAUUUGCCGAAGAAAUUUGUUGACGAGGGAGAAUGUGAAAUUAAGGGUUUAGGUGUAGUCGUGUGGGCUUUAAGCUCCCCUCAGGAUCAUGAUGGAGCAACCCUCCGGAUGAGACUCUCUUGUAGUCCAGCCAUUGAUUUGUUCUACCAAAUUACUGUUUUGCCUUUGCAUCGAUUUAUAUUAUAUUUAUUGUUUGUUGUUUUAAAAAAUAAAAAUUGUUUAAUAUUUGUACAUAAAAAAUGUUUGUCUAUUGAAAUAAA